GCAGGCAGGCAGGGAGGGAGGGCUGAUGAUGGAGCCAAGAUGGCAGCCCGUCUGAGGGUGCAGCCGCUUGGGGUCAACGCAUUUCCGAGGGACGAAUGGCAAGCAAACCCCGAAACAACCAAUGCUCGUGAUAUUUUGGACAUUUUCUCGUAGCUCGAGGAAGAGACGCAGAGGAGGAGAAGUAAAAGGAAAAGGAGAAGGAGGAGGAGGAGGAGCAGGAGGAGGACGACGACGACCUCGGUCGUUGAAUUAGCCCCGAUAACAAGCGCCGAUCCCGGAUCCAAUUUGUUCCAUUUUCCGCAACGUUAAAAGGACAAGUUAUCGACGCGCCGUGGAUUUAACAACAUCCGGAUUGUCCCCGAUGGCCGGGCGCGAUCUCGGUGCUUUCUGUUUCGCGUGAUUCAUUGAUGCAUUGUGCUCCUAAACGAUGAUGUGUGCCGCUGCGGCAGCGGCCGCCGCCUGCGGGGGCAUUCUGCCUUCCUCGUCGCCGUCGAUGGGGCUGGGAGUCCGGGUCAUUUACGGACUAGGAGCCGAUAGCUCCACCAUUGGGCCGGGCAUGGGCUCCUGUCCGACACCCGGAGCCCAGUCUGACUGUCGGACUCGCUACCAGCUUUUACUCUCAGGGAGAGCCCUGGCGGAAAGAUACCGGAGGAUUUAUACGACUGCCAUCAACGAUAAAGAGCAAGGAAUCAAUCCGGGAAGGGGAAAGAAGGCCUUGAACAAGAAGAAGCUGAAAAGGCGACAAAAGGUGAAGUCCAAAGUCAAAUCAAGGACAAAAACGGAGAGUUUCGACGGCGCCCUCGCUGUUCCCGACAUCAAGCUGCACAGCAACCCGUCGGCUUUCAAUGUCUACUGCAACGUUCGCCACUGCGUGCUGGAGUGGCAGCAGAGGGAGGCCUCGUUGGCGCUGGCCUCCAGGAGCUCGGUGCAGAGCGGCGACUCCGACAGCGAGGAGGAGGAGGAGUACCGCGAGCCGGCCAUCAAGCUGCCAAAGAUCAUUGGCAUCGGCCUGUGUGGGGUCUUUGAGCUGAUAAAGGAGACUCGCUUCUCGCAUCCCUCGCUUUGCCUGCGCAGUCUGCAGGCUCUGUUGGACAUGCUGCAGGGUCAGCAGCCAGAGGGCUUCCAGACCGAGCCUCCUGACGUGCUGGAGUCCCUUUUCCAGCUGCUGCUGGAGACCACGGUCCGAAGCACGGGCCCCAACGACCCGACGGGACAGGCCAUCACUGCCCUGUCCUGCGCCUGCCUCUUCAGCCUGGUGGUAUCCUGGGGCGACACCGGCAAGAUUCUGCAGGCCGUCUCCGCCAUCCUCACCAACAAUGGCAGCCACGCCUGCCAGACGAUACAGGUGCCCACCAUAUUGAACGCCCUGCAGAGGAGCGUGCAGGCGGUUUUGGUGGGAAAGAUCCAAAUCCAGGAAUGGUUCGGAAACGGCAUCAAACGCGCUGCCUUGAUGAACAAAUGGGUGCUGAAGGGCGUCACCAUCGACGAAGACGAGCGCUGCCUCCUGCAGACGGACGGAUCCUUUCUCUACCUGCUGUGCAAGGACGGACUGUACAAAGUGGGCUCGGGAUACAGCGGUACUGUCAGGGGGCAUGUUUACAACUCCACAUCCCGCAUCAGGAAUCGUACAGAGAAGAGGUCAUGGCUGGGUUUCGCUCAGGGCUACUUGCUGUACCGGGACACGGGUAACCACAGUAUGUCGGCCAUUAAGAUCAAUCCUGAGACACUGGAGCCUGAGGGGGCUGUCACUAUGCCAGGUCAACACUCGGACGGGCAGAACAUACUCUUCACGGACGGAGAGCACAUUAACCAAAUAGCAGCAUGCAAAGAUCAGGAUGGUUUUGUGGUGCGCAUCUACACUAUGAGCUCCGACCCGAGCCUGCAGCAGGAACUGCAGCUGAAGCUGGCGAGGAAGUGUCUGCAUGCCUGUGGCAUCUCCCUCUUUGACCUAGAGAAGGAUCUGCACAUCAUUAGCACGGGCUUUGAUGAGGAGGCGGCGUUGCUCGGAGCUGGCAGGGAAUUUGCACUGAUGAAAACUGCCUCUGGGAAGAUCUACUACACAGGAAAGUAUCAAAGCCUGGGUAUAAAGCAGGGAGGCCCUUCUGCUGGCAAAUGGGUAGAACUUCCUGUUACCAAAUCUCCCAAGAUCCUUCAGUUCUCCGUCGGCCACGACGGCUCCCACGCGUUGUUAGUGGCCGAAGACGGAAGCGUCUUCUUUACAGGUUCUGCGAGCAAAGGAGAAGAUGGAGAGUCGACUAAAAGUCGGCGACAGCCCAAACCCUACAAGCCGAAGAAGAUGAUCAAAUUAGAGACCAAGAUGGCGGUGUACACUGCGUGCAACAAUGGCAGCAGCAGCAUCGUCACCAAGGACGGCGAGCUGUACAUGUUCGGAAAGGACGCCAUUUACAGCGACAGCACUUGCCAGGUGACCGACUUGAAAGGGCACGUUGUGACCCAGGUUGCGAUGGGAAAGGCCCACACGUGCGUCCUCACCAAAAGCGGGGAAGUGUGGACGUUCGGGGUGAAUAACAAGGGCCAGUGCGGCAGAGACACGGGGGCCAUGAGUCAGGCUGGGAAAGCGUUCGGUGUGGAGAACAUGGCCACGGCCAUGGACGAGGACCUGGAGGACGAGCUGGAGGAGAAGGAAGAGAAGAGCAUGAUGUGUCAGCCCGGCAUGCACAAGUGGAAGCUGGACCAGUGUAUGGUUUGCACCGUGUGCGGCGACUGCACGGGCUACGGUGCCAGCUGUGUCAGCAGCGGGCGGCCUGACAGAGUACCAGGCGGCAUCUGUGGUUGCGGGUCAGGAGAGUCUGGCUGCUCGGCGUGCGGCUGCUGCAAGGCUUGUGCCAGGGAGCUGGAUGGGCAGGAGGCUCGACAGAGGGGCAUCUUUGAUGCCGUCAAAGAGAUGAUCCCAUUGGAUCUCCUGCUAGCUGUGCCUGUUCCCCCCCCUCCAGGAGUGAACAUCGAGGAGCACAUUCAGAUUCGGCAGGAGGAGAAACGGCAAAGGAUCAACCGCCGACACAGGCUGGAGGAGGGACGAGGCCCCAUUGUUUCCCCCGGUACCAUUUUAAUGAACCAGCGUGAGCAAGCCCUAGCCAGAAUAAGACCCCUUCAGGCACUAAGGCAUAAACGGGACAAGCACAAAGAUGGCAGCAGCGAACGUGGUGAGAAAGAUGCCAGUAAAAUCACCACCUACCCGCCGGGGGCAGUCAGGUUUGACUGUGAAAUGCGGGCGGUGCAGGUCAGCUGCGGUUUUCACCACUCAGUGGUGCUGAUGGAGAAUGGCGACGUCUACACGUUUGGUUACGGACAACAUGGCCAGCUUGGACACGGUGAUGUAAACUCCAGGGGAUCUCCAACUCUGAUCCAGGCCCUCCCGGGUCCGAGUGUUCAAGUGACCGCAGGCAGCAACCACACGGUUGUUCUUCUAGUGGACGGACAGGUCUUCACUUUUGGUAGUUUCUCGAAAGGGCAGCUCGGGCGGCCUAUCCUCGACAUGCCCUACUGGAACGCCAAGCCGUCCCCCAUGCCCAACAUCGGCGCCAAAUACGGACGAAAGGCCACCUGGAUCGGCGCCAGCGGAGACCAGACGUUCCUCCGCAUCGACGAGGCGCUCAUCAACUCCCACGUGCUGGCCACUUCCGAGAUCUUUGCCAGCAAACACAUCAUCGGCCUGGUGCCCACCUCCGUGUCCGAACCGCCUCCGUUCAAAUGCUUGCUCAUCAACAAAAUGGACGGAAGCUGCCGCACCUUCAAUGAUUCCGAGCAGGAGGACCUGCAGGGGUUCGGGCUCUGCCUGGACCCCGUGUAUGAUGUCAUAUGGAGGUUCUUACCAGAUUCAAGAGAGAUGUGGUGUUACAACGCAGUGAUAGCAGAUGCCAGGAUGCCCUCCGCCACAGACCUCCAGGGCCGCUGCAGCAUCCUGAGCCCGGAGCUCGCCUUGCCCGCGGGGUCGCACGCCACCACCACCCGCUCACAUGGCGCGCUACACAUUCUUGGUUGCCUGGACACACUGGCGGCCAUGCAGGAAUUGAAGAUGGGCGUGGCCAGCGCCGAGGAAGAGACGCAGGCGGUGAUGAAGGUCUACUCCAAGGAGGACUACAGCGUGGUGAACCGCUUUGAGAGUCACGGUGGCGGUUGGGGCUACUCGGCCCACUCCGUGGAGGCCAUCCGCUUUUGUGCUGAUGCCGACAUCUUGCUGGGGGGGCUGGGCCUGUUUGGCGGACGAGGAGAGUAUACCGCUAAGAUCAAGCUUUUUGAGCUGGGGCCUGAUGGAGGCGACCAUGAGACUGAUGGAGAUCUGCUUGCUGAGACUGACGUACUGGCCUAUGACUGUGCUGCCAGGGAGAAAUAUGCCAUGAUGUUUGAUGAGCCAGUGUUGCUGCAGUCGGGCUGGUGGUACGUGGCUUGGGCCCGGGUUUCUGGUCCCAGCAGUGAUUGCGGAUCCCACGGACAAGCUACCAUCACCACUGAUGACGGUGUGGUAUUUCAGUUCAAAAGCUCCAAGAAGUCAAAUAAUGGUACAGAUGUUAAUGCCGGUCAAAUACCUCAGCUACUUUACAGGCUUCCUUCAAAUGAUGGCAAUGCAUCGAAAGGGAAACAGCAGACCAGUGAGCCGGUUCACAUACUCAAGCGCUCGUUUGCUCGGACAGUUUCCGUGGAGUGCUUUGAGUCCCUGCUCAGCAUCCUCCACUGGAGCUGGACGACUUUGGUUCUGGGUGUGGAGGAGCUGCGAGGGCUGAAGGGCUUCCAGUACACAGCCACCUUGCUCGACCUGGAGAGGUUGCGCUUUGUGGGCACGUGCUGCCUCCGCCUGCUCCGGGUCUACAUCUGCGAGAUCUUCCCCAUCGCUGCAAGCACCAAAGCUGUAGUGGAGGAGUCGAGCAAGCUGGCCGAGUGCGUGGGGAAGACGCGUAGCCUGCUGAAGAAGAUCCUGUCGGAGAGCACGGAUAGCUGCCUGACCAAGCUGGACAACGAUCCGCAGGGCUACCUCUCCCAGCCCCUCACCCUGCUGGAGGCCGUGCUACAGGAGUGCCACAACACCUUCACCGCCUGCUUCCACUCCUUCUACCCGACGCCGGCGCUGCAGUGGGCCUGCCUAUGCGACCUGCUCAACUGCCUAGAUCAGGACAUUGCUGAGGCCAACUUUCGCACAUCCAGCAGCCGUCUGCUGGCUGCGGUGAUGUCGGCUCUGUGCAACACCUCGGUCAAGCUGACGUCCAUCCUGCCCAUCGCUUACGACGGCGAGGUCCUGCUGCGCUCGCUGGUCAAGCAAGUCAGUACGGAGAACGACUCGGCCCUCGCUCACCGCUUCCCGCUGCUCGUGGCCCACAUGGAGAAACUUAGCCACACCGAGGAGAACCUGAUGGGAAUGACCAGCUUCCGGGAGGUCCUGGAGAAGAUGCUGGUGAUCGUGGUGCUUCCGGUGAGGAAGAGCCUGAGGAAAGAGGUGGAGCUCUUCUCUCCACACUUGGUGUCCAACACCUGUGGCCUGCUGGCCUCCAUCGUCUCGGAGCUCACCGCCUCCGCCCUGGGCUCGGAGGUUGAUGGUCUGAACUCGCUCCACUCUGUGAAGGCUUCCCCCAACCGUUUCACCAAGACGAGCCAGGGACGCAGCUGGAACACGGGCAACGGUUCCCCGGAUGCCAUCUGCAUGACGGUGGACAAGCCUGGCGUCGUCUUGGUGGGCGUCUGUGUGUACGGAGGCGGCGGCAUCCACGAGUAUGAAUUGGAGGUCCUCGCUGACGAUGCGCAGACCGAGCACCCAGGGGACUCUGCGCAUUCUCACAGGUGGACAUCUCUUGAGCUGGUGAAGGGGACUUACAGCACUGAUGAUUCUCCCAGUGACAUUGCGGAGAUUCGCCUGGACAAGGCCGUGCCGCUCAAGGAAGGGGUGAAAUAUGCUGUGCGGUUGCGCAACUACGGCAGCCGCACUGCAAACGGGGACGGCGGCAUGACCACGGUGCAGUGCUCCGACGGUGUGUCCUUCACCUUCAGCACUUGUAGCUUGAGCAGCAAUGGCACCAACCAGACACGAGGACAGAUCCCUCAGAUUCUCUACUACAGGAGCGAGUACGAUGGCGAUCUGCAAUCCCAGCUGCUGAGCAAAGCCAACGAGGAAGAUAAAAACUGCAGCCGGGCGCUGUCUGUGGUCAGUGCUGUGGUCAGAGCGGCCAAGGACUUGCUUCAUAGGGCUUUUGCUGUCGAUGUGGAUGACAUCCCUGAGCUGCUAAGCUCUUCUAGUCUCUUCUCCAUGCUGCUCCCCCUGAUCCUGGCCUACAUUGGCCCGGUGGCUGCUUCUGUACCAAAGGCUGCCGUCGAGGUCUUCGGGCUCGUCCAAGAGCUGCUCCCCGCCGUCUCGGCCCUCAACCAAAAGUACGCCCCGCCCACAUUCAAUCCCAACCAAUCGACGGACAGCACGACCGGCAACCAGCUGGAGCAAGGACUGUCGGCUUGCACCACCUCCAAUCACUACUCUGUGAUAGAGAGUGACCACCCCUACAAACAGGCCGGGGUCACGCAAUACAGGGUCUCGUUCCCCGAAUGCGUGCGUUGGACGAGCAUCGAGUUCGACCCGCAGUGCGGCACCGCUCAGCCGGAGGACGUCCUCCGCCUGCUCAUCCCCAGCCGCACCCUGCACCUGUCCUGCUUGGGCGGCAAACCUCUGAUGCACGACACCAUCAACACCUGGACUGAGCUCAGGAAGUUCUCGGGCUCCACGGGCUGGCCGACCGCAGUGCUCGUGCUGCCGGGAAAUGAAGUUCUGUUUUCACUGGAAACGGCCUCAGAUUAUGUGAAGGAUGAAAAGGCGUCCUUCUAUGGCUUUAAGUGUGUCGCGGUGGGGUAUGAAUUCAACCCAGGUCCUGAUGAGGGCAUCAUCCAGCUGGAGAAAGAGUUGGCGUACUUGGGUAGUGUGUGUGCCGCAGCGCUGAUGAAGAAAGACCUGGCGCUCCCCAUAGGCAAUGAACUGGAGGAGGACCUAGAGAUCCUCGAGGAAGCCUCUCUCCAGGUGUGUAAAGCCCAUGCAGGGAUCCUGGGGAAGGGUCUGGCACUGUCCCAUCCCCCCAUCAUCCUGGAGGCCCUGGAGGGGAACCUGCCUUUGCACCUCCAAACCAACGAGCACUCCUUCCUCGAGGACUUCAUCACAUGUGUGCAGAAUUCCAGCGGCGGACGUCUAGCGAGGUGGCUGCAACCCGACUCUUACGCCGACCCCCAGAAGACAUCGCUGAUCCUGAACAAAGACGACAUACGCUGCGGGUGGCCGGCUACCGUCGUCGUACAGACCAAAGACCAAUACGGCGAUGUGGUGCAUGUUCCAAACAUGAAGGUGGAAGUAAAAGCCGUGCCUGUUUCUCAAAAGAAGUCGUUGCAGCCCGACAAUGUGAAAAAACUGCAGCGACUAACCGGAAGCUCCUCCCCGGCGUCUGCUGGUCCCGACCUCACCUUUGGCGGUCUGCCAGCGCCUCGGCUAGAGGCCACGUACGAGCCCAUGAUCGUGAAAGAAGCUCGCUACAUCGCGAUUACCAUGAUGAAGGCAUAUGACAGCUACUCUUUUGAGGAGCUACGCUUCGCUUCUCCCACUCCAAAGAGGCCCAGUGAGAACAUGCUGAUACGGGCCAACACUGAUGGAACCUACAGUGCCAACUGGACCCCGGGAGCAGUGGGGCUCUACACAAUCCACGUCACCAUAGAUGGAAUUGAAAUAGAUGCAGGUUUGGAGGUAGAGGUCAAAGACCCUCCCAAAGGCAUGAUACCGCCCGGGACGCAGAUGGUCAAACCCAAGGCGGAGCCUCAGCCCAGCAAGGUCCGCAAAUUUGUGUCCAAGGAUAGCGCAGGCCUGCGUGUGCGCAGUCACCCCUCCCUGCAGAGUGAACAAAUAGGCAUAGUGCAUGUCAAUGGCACCAUCACUUUCAUUGACGAGAUCCACAAUGACGAUGGCGUGUGGCUCAAGCUCAAUGAGGAAACGGUCAAGAAGUACGUUCCCAGCAUGAAUGGGUACACUGAGGCCUGGUGCCUCUCUUUUAACCAGCACCUGGGCAGGAGCCUUCUGGUCCCCGCUGAUGAGGUCAGGGGCCAGACGGUGGACACCACAAAGGAGGUGAGCAGCUGCCCGUCCCGCGAAGUGCCCGCUCGGGUGCAGGGCGGGGCAGGGCAGGGCGGCGGACCGGGGCUUUAUAAGGUAGUGAAGACAGGCCCCUCUGGUCACAACAUCAGAAGCUGCCCAAACCUUAGGGGUAUCCCCAUUGGAAUGUUAGUACUUGGCAACACGGUCAAGGCCAUAGGCGAGGUGGUCAACUCGGAGGGAGCGUGGGUGCAGCUGGAUAAAAACAGCGUGGUGGAGUUUUGCGAGAGUGACGAGGGAGAGGCAUGGUCGCUGGCCAGAGACCGCGGAGGAAACCAGUACCUUCGCCACGACGAGGAACAAGCGCUGCUUGAGCACGACGCCCAGACUCCGCCGCCGAGUCCGUUCUCAGUGCAGGCCUUCAACAGAGCUGCGACGUCCAAUGGAGCGCAGGGCUUUGACUAUGGAAUCUCCAACAACAAAGGUGACCGGCUGAGCGCCAUACUGAAUUCCAUUCAGUCUGGGCCCUUCAACUCAGCAGCUCCCUCCUCAGUGUUUGAGCAAGCUGCACAACCUCCUUCCUCUUCUUCCUCCUCCUCCUCCUCCUCCUCUUCCUCUUCCUCUUCCUCCUCCUCCUCCUCUUCCUCCCUUGUCCAGAGUCCAUUUGUGUUUGGACAGUCCCCCUCCCAACUGUCUCAGCCACAACCACAGCUUCUGAAUGAUUCACCACGCAGCCUUGCUUCUCGCGAGCGUGCGCGCAAAAGCGGCGUGGCCGCAGCCGGGCAUGCCACUGCUCUCUCAUCUCUCGCUCUGAGGCAAAAGGGCGAGCGAGGGAACCUGGCGCCCGGCGCACGGUCCAUGUCCCCAGCCUCCAAACACCGCCAGGAGAACCGUUCGCCCAAACAAGAGAGUCGAGGGAGCCGCACGUCAGACCACGGCAGAGUCAAGACGGGUCAAGAAGGGUCGCUCUCGGCCAGCGAAGCCCUCAUUCUCCGCUCCGAUACGGCCAAACUGCGCUCUGACUCUCACGGCCGUUCUCACUCGCCCAAUCACAACACUCUGCAGGCCCUCAAGUCAGACGUCAGAACGUCAGGACAUCGGGCUGAGUCGCCCAACGCAGGCUCCCGCUCCUCCUCGCCGAAACAAAAAGGAGUGUCCUCCUCGGGCCGGUCCAGUCCUUCCAGCACCUCCUCCCAGCAUUCCUCGUCAACACACCACGACAAGAACGUCCCACCUAAAGUUAGCUCCUCGUCCAAAGCCAGGCUGGAACCGCCCAGAGAGAGAUCCAAGUCCGAUUCCUACACUCUGGACCCAGACACUCUUAGGAAGAAGAAGAUUCCUCUUACAGAGCCAAUCAGAGGCAGGUCCACCUCGCCCAAACCCAAAGUGUCUCCCAAAGAUCCAAACCAAGACAGCGUCGGUAACACCGAGAACCGCGUUCCUUCCCCCCACGUGACCCAAGAAAACCUGCACAGCGAGGUGGUGGAGGUGUGUUCCUCAAGCACUCUUCUUUCAAAUGAGGACGCAAACGAUGAAAACGUGGAGGUGCAGGACUCUGAGGAGGCCUCGUGCAAGGUGCACUUUAGCAUCGGCAAGGCGCCGGUCAAGGAGGAGCUGGAAAGCCGCUCUUCGCCCAAAGUCAGCCGCAAAACCUCCAGUCGGCACACCCGGCCAAAGAAGGACAAAUCCGGACCUCUUUUCAAAGGUGAGAGCACGCAGAGGAUAUGCGAGCCCGCCAAGCAGGCCAUGUCCCCAUCUGUGGCAGAAUGCUCCAGGGCGGUCUUUGCAGCCUUCCUGUGGCACGAAGGUAUUGUCCACGACGCCAUGGCCUGUUCGUCCUUCCUCAAGUUCAACCCGGAUUUGACCAAAGAGCACGCGCCCAUCCGCAGCUCCCUCGGAGGGCAGGGUGCCGAGGAGAAGGAGAGCAAGCUCAAGAACCGUCACUCCCUGGAGAUUUCCUCCGCGCUGAACAUGUUUAACAUUGCCCCGCAUGGACCGGACAUCUCCAAAAUGGGCAGCAUCAACAAAAACAAGGUUCUCUCCAUGUUAAAGGAGCCACCGUUGCCAGAAAAGUGCGAGGACGGCAAAGCGGACGCCGUCUCCUAUGACGUGACGUCGCAUCCGUCCACGAGAGCAAAAUCCAUCCUGCCGCUGACGCUGCAGCACUUGGUCGCAUUCUGGGAGGAUAUCUCCUUGGCCACGAUCAAGGCAGCGACUCAGAACAUGAUCUUCCCCAGCCCGGGGUCGAGCGCCAUCCUAAAGAAGAAGGAGAAUGAAAAGGACAGCAAAAAAGCCAAGAAGGAGAAGAAGAAGCGGGAAAAGGCGGAGGUGCGGCCGAGGGGAAAUCUGUUUGGGGAGAUGGCGCAGCUCGCCAUGGGCGGACCGGAGAAGGACACCAUCUGUGAGCUGUGUGGCGAAUCUCACCCUUACCCCGUCACCUACCAUAUGAGACAGGCUCACCCAGGCUGCGGCCGCUAUGCCGGAGGCCAAGGGUACAACAGCAUCGGUCACUUCUGCGGUGGUUGGGCUGGCAACUGUGGAGACGGUGGCAUCGGAGGCAGCACCUGGUACCUGGUGUGUGAUCGCUGCCGGGAGAAAUACCUGAGAGAGAAGCAGACUGCAGCCAGGGAGAAGGUGAAGCAGUCAAGGAAGAAGCCCUUGCAGGUGAAGACCCCGAGGGCCUUGCCCACCAUGGAGGCUCACCAGGUGAUUCGGGCCAACGCAUUGUUCCUGCUGUCCCUCAGCAGUGCCGCCGAGCCCAGCGUGCUGUGCCAUCACCCUCCCCGGCCGCUGCAUUCCCAGCUGCUCCCCAGCCUCAAAGAAGGCGUUUCGGCCGAACUUCCCAAUAAAAUGAGCUGCCUCUACCUACAGACACUCGCCAGGCAACACACAGAGAACUUUGGCGCCUACCAAGACGACAGUCUCUUCCAAGAUGAGAUGAGGUAUUUGCGCUCCACGUCUGUUCCUGCGCCCUACAUUUCGGUCACCCCCGACGCCUGCCCUAAUGUUUUCGAGGAGCCGGAGAACAACAUGAAAUCAAUGCCCCCCAGUCUCGAGACAAGUCCGAUCACAGACAGCGACACAGCCAAGCGCACCGUUUUCCAGAGGUCUUACUCCGUCGUGGCCUCCGAGUACGACAAGCAGCACUCGCCCUCUCCGGCUCGAGUCAAAGCCGUGCCCAGACGCAGAGUUCACAGCGGCGAUGCGGAGGUGGGAUCUUCGCUAUUGCGCCACCCGUCUCCCGAGCUGUCCAGGUUGAUCUCCGCCCACGGCUCCCUCAGCAAAGGGGAGAGGAACUUCCAGUGGCCCGUGCUGGCGUUUGUCAUCCAGCAUCACGAUCUGGAGGGCCUGGAAGUGGCCAUGAGGCACGCGUUGAGGAAGUCCGCAUGCCGGGUGUUUGCCAUGGAGGCCUUCAACUGGCUCCUGUGCAACGUGAUCCAGACCACUUCCCUGCAUGACAUCCUGUGGCAUUUCGUAGCCUCUCUCACUCCAUCGCCCUUCGAACCCGACGACGAGGAAGACGACGAGAACAAGGGCAACAAGGAAAACCUUGAACAGGAACGAGACCUCGGCGUUUGCGAGCACCCUUUGUCCGACAUCGUUAUCGCGGGGGAGGCGGCUCACCCGCUGCCCCACACCUUUCACCGCCUCCUCCAGACCAUCUCCGACCUCAUGAUGUCCCUUCCCAGUGGAAGCUCGCUGCAGCAGAUGGCGCUAAGGUGCUGGAGUCUCAAGUUCAAGCAGUCGGACCACCAGUUCCUCCACCAGAGCAACGUCUUCCACCACAUCAACAACAUACUGUCCAAGUCCGACGACGGCGACAGCGAGGAGAGCUUCAACAUCAGCGUUCAGUCGGGCUAUGAAGCCAUUAGCCAGGAUCUCUGCCUGGUGACCUGCCUGAAGGACCUGACCGGCGUGGUGGACAUCAAGACGUCCAGCCGUCCCGCCAUGAUCGGCAGCCUGACGGACGGCUCCACCGAGACCUUCUGGGAGUCCGGAGACGAGGACAAGAACAAAACCAAGAGCGUCACAAUCAGCUGCGUGAAAGGCAUCAACGCCUCCAACGUGUCUGUUCACGUCGACAACUCCAGAGACCUCGGGAACAAAGUGACCUCAGUGACGUUCCUGUGUGGAAAGGCUAUAGAGGACCUCUGCAGGAUUAAGCAGGUGGACCUGGACUCUCGUCACAUGGGCUGGGUGACGAGCGAGCUCCCCGGGGGCGAUCAUCACGUGAUCAAGGUGGAGCUGAAAGGGCCCGAGAACACGUUGAGGGUGCGCCAGGUGAAGGUGCUGGGCUGGAAGGAGGGCGACAGCAUCAAGAUCGCCGGCCAGAUCUCGGCCAGCGUGGCGCAGCAGAAGAACUGCGAGGGCGAAACGCUGCGUGUGUUCCGCCUCAUCACCUCACAGGUGUUUGGGAAGCUCAUCUGUGGAGAUGCAGAGCCGACCCCGGAGCAGGAGGAGAAAAAUCUGCUGUCGUCUCCGGAAGGAGAGGAAAAGGUACCGUCAGACGCGGACCUCAAAGAGCACAUGGUCGGAAUCAUUUUCAGCAGAAGCAAACUUACCAACCUGCAGAAACAGGUGUGUGCGCACAUCGUCCAGGCCAUCCGUAUGGAGGCGACGCGCGUGAGAGAGGAGUGGGAGCACGCCAUCUCCAGCAAGGAGAACGCCAACUCGCAGCCCAGCGACGACGACGCCUCCUCGGACGCUUACUGCUUCGAGCUGCUGUCCAUGGUGCUGGCGCUGAGCGGCUCCAACGUGGGCCGGCAGUACCUGGCGCAGCAACUGACACUAAUGCAGGAUCUCUUCUCGCUGCUGCACACGGCCUCGCCGCGAGUGCAGAGACAGGUGACGUCGUUGCUCCGACGGGUCCUUCCGGAGGUGACGCCGGUUCGACUGGCCAGCAUCAUCGGGGUGAAGUCUCUGCCGCCGGCGGACAUCAGCGACAUCAUCCACUCCACGGAGAAGGGCGACUGGAACAAGCUGGGAAUUCUAGACAUGUUCUUGGGCUGCAUUGCCAAAGCGCUCACCGUGCAGCUGAAGGCCAAAGGGACCACCAUCUCUAGCACCGCCGGCAUGGCUGCCGGCAAAGGGGUGACCACCGUCACGCUGCCGAUGAUCUUCAACUCCAGCUACAUCCGGCGAGGGGAGAGCCACUGGUGGAUGAAAGGCUCCACCCCUCCCCAGAUUGCCGAGAUCAUCAUCAAACUGGUGAAAGACAUGGCAGGAGGUCACCUUUCGGACGCGUGGUCGCGAGUCACCAAAAACGCCAUAGCCGAGACUAUCAUAGCGCUCACCAAAAUGGAGGAGGAGCAUCGGUCGCCCGUGCGCUGCAUUGCGACUACAAGGCUGUGGCUGGCACUAGCUUCCCUGUGUGUGCUGGACCAAGAUCAUGUGGACAGGCUGUCUUCUGGUCGAUGGAUGGGCAAAGACGGACAGCAGAAACAGAUGCCAAUGUGCGACAACCACGACGACGGCGAGACGGCGGCCAUUAUCCUGUGCAACAUGUGUGGCAACCUUUGCACCGACUGCGACCGCUUCCUCCACCUGCACCGACGCACGCGCUCUCACCAGAGACAGGUGUUCAAGGAGGAAGAAGAGGCCAUCAAGGUGGACCUCCACGAAGGCUGCGGUAGGACCAAGCUCUUCUGGCUCAUGGCUCUGGCCGACUCCAAAACAAUGAAGGCCAUGGUGGAGUUCAGAGAACACACAGGUAAGCCUGCAUCCAGCAGCUCGGACGCGUGCAGGUUCUGCGGAACAAGGAACGGAACCGAACUGUCGGCGGUCGGAAGCGUCUGCUCUGACCCCGACUGUCAGGAAUACUCCAAACUGGCAUGCAGUAAAACGCACCCAUGCGGGCACCCGUGCGGCGGAGUCAAGAACGAGGAGUCGUGCCUCCCGUGCCUGCACGGCUGCGACAAGAGCACGGGCUGCUUGAAGCAAGACGCCGACGACAUGUGCAUGAUCUGCUUCACCGAGGCGCUCUCCGCCGCCCCCGCUGUUCAGCUGGACUGCACUCACGUGUUCCACCUUCAGUGCACCCGCCGUGUUCUGGAGAACCGCUGGCUCGGGCCCCGCAUCACUUUUGGCUUCAUGUUAUGUCCAAUUUGCAAGAACAAGAUCAACCACUCUGUGAUUAAGGACCUGCUGGACCCCAUCAAGGAGCUCUACGAGGACGUGAGGCGGAAGGCGCUGAUGAGGCUGGAGUACGAGGGUCUCCACAAGAGCGAGGCCAUAACCACGCCGGGCGCGCGCUUCCACAACGACCCGGCCGGCUUUGCCAUGAACAGAUACGCUUACUACGUCUGCUACAAGUGCAAGAAGGCCUAUUUCGGGGGAGAGGCCCGCUGCGACGCCGAGGCGGGGCAGGGCGACGACUAUGACCCCAGCGAGCUGAUUUGUGGAGCCUGCUCUGAUGUCUCCAGGGCUCAGAUGUGCUCCAAGCACGGCACGGACUUCCUGGAGUACAAAUGUCGCUACUGCUGCUCGGUGGCCGUCUUCUUCUGCUUCGGCACCACGCACUUCUGCAACGCCUGCCACGACGACUUCCAGAGGAUGACCAGCGUCCCCAAGGAGGAGUUGCCGCAUUGCCCCGCAGGGCCCAAAGGCAAGCAGCUGGAGGGCACCGAAUGUCCCCUGCAUGUGGUCCACCCGCCCACGGGGGAGGAGUUCGCUUUGGGCUGCGGCGUGUGCAGGAACGCGCACACCUUCUAACCCAGAGUUGCGCCGUUGGGACGCCUUCUUGUCCACCGUGAUCUCUGGCAGGAUGCUGGCUGCUGCUGAAGCGCAUUCAGCAUGUGAAGCUCGGCUCCUCCCUGCAGGAAACGUGCGCAGGUUCCCGGGUGAGCCGAGAGCCCGCAGGUCUGCUCUCCUCCCGAACCGGUCGGUAUCCAGGCUCCGCUACGGAUCCUUUGGGAUACCUGAGCGGAAAAGAAGACAAAUAAUGAUAACAUCAAAUAUACACAUAAUAAAAGAAGAAAACAACCUGUGGCGUGUUUGCAUGCGGCCGUCGUAUUCCCUCGGCUUCUCUCCACGCUGCGCUCCUCCUGAUCACUCAAAUGGAAAAAAAAAAAAAAUCAUCCGAGUUAUGUAAAAGAGAAAAAAAAAAAAAAAGGAACAGGCCGUAUUUCCAGCUUCCUAAAUAUUAUACAUUCAAAAUGUUGUUGUAUGUAAAACAUUUUUCGUAAUCUUGUACAGUAUUCUCCAACUGUCAAGUGCAUAAAAAAAGGUUGUCGGGUAAGACUGUUAAAAGAAUAUUGUUUGGAAGGAAAAUAGUGUACGAUUUAUCUAAUCUUGUAUAUAAUGCUACUAUUCAAAUUAGCUGUAUUCUGAAAGUUGCUACUUUUCACUUCACGUUUCUUUGAUAUAUUCUGGGUUAUGUUUUGAGCCAGAACUUUUCAUGAAGUGCAAUACUGGGCGUGCCUCCUGUUUUGCAGCUGUUCAAAAAAACGACAAAAAAAAAAAAAUGAUGGAAUGUAUGUCAAUAAAGCCACUGUACAUUUUUA